AUGUCGCGCCUGCCUUCUCCCGGUCCCAGUCCCGAUACCUUCAGGUUUCUCGACCUUCCAGCCGAACUCCGGCUGAUGGUAUACGAGCACAUCCCGAACGAAGUCUUCCGCCACGAAUGUCGAGAGAUCUUUGCUACAAAAAAGCCCGGCUUGUCUCUUCAGAUCGCUCAAGUGGGAAUCGCCCUCCUUAGAAUUUGA